AUGUCUAGUAUCGGUCGGAUAUCGGAGUUUAAUCCGUACGAAGAAGAUAUUAGUUCGUAUUUGUUACGUUUGAAACACUUUUUCAAGGCCAACGAGGUCAAGGACGUGAAGCAGGUCUCCAUCUUGAUUACUGUAAUAGGCCCUAAAAUAUUAGCCGUCCUCACCGAUCUUAUUUCUCCUAAGAAGAUUGAUGAAGAAUCUUACGAUAAUUUGAGCAAAAUCUUGGAAGAUCAUUAUUCUCCUAAACGCCUUGUGGUCGCUGAGCGUUAUACUUUUUAUAGUCGAUGCCAGAAACAAUCUGAAAGUAUUGCAGAGUUCGUAGUGGCAGUGAAGCAUUUGGCUUCGACGUGUGAUUUUGGAACAUUCUUAUCGGACGCACUGAGAGACAACCUAUCAGGCAGUGUUAAAUCUAAAGGUGGUGAACCUAACCUAACCCUAGGUAAGGCCGAUGAGCCUAAAGUCGUUUCUGGUUUGAAACAAAAGUAUGCCUCUGUGUUCAAAGGAGGUCCUGGUGAAAUUAAGGAUGUUGAGGCACGUAUUGUGCUAAAAGAGGAUGCUGUGCCAAAAUUUUGUAAAUAUCGCCCUGUUCCUUACGCGUUGCGUAAAUCAGUAGAAGAUGAGAUUGAUAGGAUGAUUGCUGAAGGUAUUGCUUAUCCCGUUACCAGCUCUCAGUGGGCUACUCAUAUUGUGGUGAUUCAGAAGAAAAGUGGGGUGCGACUCUGCGGGGACUUUAAAGUAACUCUUAAUCAAGUGAUCCAGUCGGAACACUAUCCCUUGCCUCAACCGGAGGACAUUUUUGCUACUCUAGCAGGUUGUAGCUGGUUUUCAGUUUUGGACUUGGAGGCAGCGUAUCUCCAACUUCCUGUGGCGGAUGAGUCCCAACCACUCUUGACUCUAACUACGCACAAAGGCUUAGUGCGUUUGCGACGUCUGCCGUAUGGUUUGUCUUCGGCUCCGGCUCUCUUUCAAGCGGCCAUGGACAAAAUUAUUGGUGGCCUACCUGGUGGCAUAUUUGGAUGA